AUAAUCCUCAAGUGCUUGCUUUAUAAUUCCUAAAGAUGUCUUCACGUUACGAUCGCGCCGUUACCAUUUUCUCCCCUGACGGACAUUUGAUGCAGGUGGAAUAUGCCCAAGAGGCCGUCCGCAAGGGCUCCACGGCGGUUGGUGUUCGCGGCGGCUCCUGUGUGGUGCUGGCCGUGGAGAAAAAGUCUGUGCCCAAGCUGCAGGUGGAUCGCACAGUGCGCAAGAUUUGCCUGCUCGACCAGCACAUUAUCAUGGCCUUUUCGGGGCUCACUGCCGAUGCGCGCGUUCUCAUCAAUCGCGCCCAAGUGGAGUGCCAGACCCAUCGUCUUAAUGUCGAGGAUCAAGUCACUGUGGAGUACAUCACGCGUUACAUUGCUCAGAUCAAGCAGAAGUACACGCAGAGCAAUGGUCGCCGUCCCUUUGGUAUUUCUUGUCUGAUUGGCGGCUUCGAUGGCGAUGGCACGGCACAUUUAUUCCAAACGGAGCCUUCUGGUAUUUUCUAUGAAUACAAGGCAAAUGCCACGGGUCGCUCGGCCGCGACUGUGAAGGAAUUCUUCGAGAAGAAUUAUCGCGAGGAAGAUGUGAUCACCGAGCAAAGUGCCGUCAAACUGGCCGUUCGCGCUUUGCUCGAGGUGGCGCAGACGAGCCACAACAACUUGGAGGUGGCCGUCAUGGAGUACAACAAGCCGCUGAAAAUGCUGGACCGAAAUGCCAUCCUGGAUUAUGUGAAAAUCAUCGAGAAGGAUAAGGAAGAUGCGCUCGCAAUGAAAAAGCAGAAAAAAUAAUACACAACCAACUUUUUCCAAAUUCAUAACUUCUGCAAAAAAUUCCACUAUAAUUAAACGAAUAUAAAACAUAA